AUGCUCCUCCACAAUCGACUCAAGCUUACAGUUUCUUCUCAGGUCAUAGUCGCCUCCCUUAUGAUUUCGCAAAAUACCGACGUUCCCAAAUGUCGCAAACGUGGAUCCCCAGCGCAUAUCCUGAUUGUCCUCGGGAGCGGUGGACAUACAGCCGAGAUGUUCUACAUGCUCGAGCAGAUCAAACUUGACUCCAAAGAAUAUACGUAUCGGACCUACGUCGUGAGCUCAGGAGAUAACUUCAGCGCCGGAAAAGCGAAAGAAUUCGAGGCCAAGCAUACAGGAGGCGAACAGGCCAGCGAGAACUUCAAUAUCCUCACCGUUCCUCGUGCUCGAAAAGUCCACCAAUCGUACCUGACCGCGCCAUUCUCGACCAUUCACUGUUUCUGGACUUGUCUUGCCACUCUUCGAGGUCACCAUCCUGACCAGCAACUCCCGAAAGAAUACAUAUCUCCUUACCCGGACUUGAUUCUAACCAAUGGACCAGCUACAGCAGUCUGCGUGGUCGUUGCCGCGAAACUGAUCCGCUUCUUCCUAUUUAUGUUCAAUUUGGGCUCAUUGCUGCCAGGCCGGUCUCCAGUCUCCACCGUGUCGCAGCUCCGCACUAUCUAUGUUGAGUCGUGGGCCCGGGUGAGUACUCUCAGCAUGUCUGGGGCUCUGUUAUUACCCCUGGUUGACCGGUUCCUUGUCCAAUGGCCCGCUCAAGCUGGGCGGCGUGCUUGGUGGGGCAUGAAAAGAACACAGUAUGCUGGCUGGCUUGUGAUCUAA